AUGAAAGGCCCUUCCACUGUCGCUAUUGCUCUCGUUCCCUUCACAGCUGCCAAGCAGCUUGUCUGGCCCUCAAAGUUUGAUUACCUUGAGGAUCUCCAGUACAACCAGGACGGAUACAACAAGUUUGGAUUCGCUGAUGCUCUCGUAACUUGCACCUUUGGCAACAGCCAGCCCGGACGACAAAACUCGGCCGAAUGGAUCCGAACAGCUUUCCACGACGCCGUCACACACGAUGCCAAGGCCGGCACUGGAGGUCUUGACGCCUCCAUCUUCUGGGAGACCACUCGUGCUGAGAACGCUGGUAAAGCUUGGGACAACACUUUCAGCUUUUUCGACGGUUUCUACAACCAGCGUGCCAGUGCUGCUGAUCUCAUCGCCCUCGGCACCGUUGUUGCCACCGGAGGAUGCUACGGCCCCGACGUCCCUUUCCGAGCUGGCCGUAUUGAUGCCGGGAAGCCUGGACCUACCGGUGUCCCUGAGCCCUCCACCAACUUGAAGGAGACCUUUGCCGCUUUCCAAAAGGCUGGCUUCACCAAGGAGGACAUGACUGCUAUGGUUGCUUGUGGCCACGCCCUCGGUGGUGUUCACAGCGUCGACUUCCCUGAUGUCACUGGCAUCAAGGCCGACCCCAACAACGACACAUCCGUGCCUUUCCAGAAGGACAUCUCUAGCUUCCACAACGGUGUCGUCACCGAGUACCUCGACGGAACUACCAAGAACCCCCUCGUUGUUGCCAAGAACAACACCCUCAACUCCGACAAGCGCAUCUUCGACAACGACCGUGCUACCAUGAAGAAGCUCUCCACCAAGCAGGGCUUUAACACCAUGUGUGCCGAUAUCUUUGCUCGCAUGAUCGACACUGUCCCCAAGAGCGUGCAGCUCAGCGAUGUCAUCUCCCCCUACGACGUCAAGCCUUAUGUUACGGAGCUUUCUCUCAACAGCAAGGGCAAGAUCGUCUUCAAGGGUUCCGUCCGCCUCAUGACCACCAACAAGAUCCGUGAUGGUGAUGAUCUUAUCGUCGAGCUUGUCUACAUGGGCCACAACGGCAAGAAGACCACCGUUCCCACUAACAGGGCCAUGUGGCGGUCAGGUGCCACUUUCGGCUCUGGCCAGCAGUUUGUCAACUUUGAGUUCGACACCACCAUUGACGCCAAGAACGGUAUCACCAAGUUCUGGAUCAAGGAGACCAAGAAGUCUACCAAGGUCAGCAAGUCCCACGACAACCAAGGCACCCACGGCUACAAAGUCGACGAUACCGUCCUGUACCAGAUCUCUGACUCCUGCCUUGCCGCCGACCAGCUGCCUGGCGCUCCCAUGACCAUCGCCGCCGUUGUCCGUGAUAGCCAGGCAAAGAACGCUCUGACCCUCAAGGCUGUUGACAGGGUUGACCAAAAGGGAACUAUUGUUCCCAAGCUCCAGACCAAGGUUGUCUCAUUCAAGGCCACUGGCAAGAAGGCCAACGGUUACACCGCCUUCAAGGCCCAGACAAAGAUCAACAACAACAACAUCCGGUUCGACAUUGCUCUUGCCGGAAGCCCUACUGCUGGCGUGCAGUUCCAGGCAGUUAUUGCCAUUCCCACUGGCUCUUGCAAUUAG